AUGCAACUUGAGUGGAUCGGAAUUUAAUAAUGUAGAUAUUAGCGGAGUUAAUUUGAAUGGAGCAUAAUUAGUUAAUUGUAAAUGGAAAAAUAUUAAAAUCCAUGAAUUGAAUAAAUUGGAUGGUCAUAGUGAUUAUGUAAGAUCAGUCUGUUUUACUCCUGAUGGUACUACCUUAGCAUCUGGUAGUAAAGAUUGUUCUAUCCGUUUAUGGGAUUUCAAAACAGGAUAAUAAAAAGCCAAGAUUAAUGGUCAUAGUGACUCUGUCAACUCAGUAUGUUUCUCUUCUGAUGGUAAAUCAUUAGCAUCUGGUAGUAAAGAUUGUUCUAUCCGUUUAUGGGAUGUCAAAACAGGAUAAUAAAAAGCCAAAAUUAAUGGUCAUAGUGAUUCUGUCAACUCAGUAUGUUUUUCUCCUGAUGGUAUUACAUUAGCAUCAGGUAGUGAAGAUAACUCAAUCCGUUUAUGGAAUAUUAAAACAAGGAAAAAUUUAAUAAAAUUUGAUUUUCAUACUGAGGGUGUUAACUAGGUAAGCUUCUCUUCUGAUGGCACUAUGUUAUCAUCUGGUAGUUCAGAUAAUUCUAUCCGUCUAUGGGAUAUUAAGAAAGGAUAAUAAAAAGGCGAAAUUAAUGAUCAUAGUGAUUCUGUCAACUCAGUAUGUUUUUCUCCCGAUGGUACUUCAUUAGCAUCUUGUAGUGAUGAUAACUCUAUCCGUUUAUGGGAUGUUCAGACAGGACAAUAAAAGGCCAAAUUUGAUGGCCAUGAUGAUAUGUUUAUAUCAGUAUGCUUCUCUCCUGAUGGCACUACAUUAGCAUCUUGUAAUGUGGAGAACUCUAUAUUUUUAUUUGAUGUUAAGACAGGAAACAAAAACGCCAAAAUGAAUGGUCAUAGUGAUUCUGUCAACUCAGUAUGUUUUUCUCC